ACACUAAUGUGCGUCUGUCAACUAAACCCAGUGACCUAUUUUUCUCUAUCGUACACACAAAUCGCUGACAAAUCAGAACUGAAUACAACUAAGUCAGGUAAACAACGGAGGAAAACGCUGCAGCAGCAGAAAGUAAACAGUAAGCUGUAUACUGCACAGUAUUCAGCAUUCUGUUAAAGUUGCGCUGGUCAAAUUAGCGUCAAAUGCUCAUUCAAGAACCAAGAUCUAAAGCGAGCCCGUCUUCGUACUUUGCACUUGUCAAGAUACUGCGGACCGUGUAAUUUUUAUAUUCGUUCAAGAUUGGGGUCAGCUGACGACACCUCUCUAUAUUAUAACAUCACAACUCGGCACAGUCGUCAUUUUAUCCUGACUGAAACGAAAAGAGGACAGAAAUUUUUCGGUUUAAACGAUUUUUAAUCACGAUGGACCUUUUCUUCAUCCCAUCAUGGCUGGUUUGCCUGUGCACCAUAGCAAUUAUGACCAUCGUCUAUCUUCACUACACCAGGGACAACAGACGCAAGUUUGGUCUCCCUGGCCCAACGCCAUUCCCUAUCAUUGGGCCUUUUAUAGAUUUGAUGAAGUAUGGUAUAUGUGACUUCGAUCUCUAUGUCACCAGGACCUAUGGUAAAGUGGCCGCACUGUCCUCGGGUAUCAUGGACAACUUCUUGGGGGAUAUCAUCAUAUCUGACACCGACAUGGUGAAAGAAGUGAUGGUAAAACAGGCAAACAUUUUCACUGACAGGAAUGUCGACGAGGCUACAACAAUUUCGCCGAUUGACAGAUCAGUAUUUGUAGUCAAAGGGGAAUACUGGAAACAGAUGCGCAGCACUAUGACUCCAACGUUCAGUUCCGGGAAGCUUCGACAUAUGGAGAAAAUGAUAAAUAAGUGUGCAGAAACUUUGGUCAGCAAUCUGACAAAGAAGGCAAAAGCUGGUGAAAGCUUUGAUAAUAACAUAUGGGGCUGCUUCACCAUGGAUGUCAUAUCUGCGACUGCAUUUGGAAUCGAGGUCGACUCUCUGAACAACCCAAACCACCCGUUUGUUGUUAAUGCCAAUCGCCUGAACAACGUCGGAUUUGGCAACCCACUUAUUGUAAUCUUUUUCUUCUUCCCUCGCCUAAUGAAGUUUCUUGAGCCGAUACUUCCAUACAUCCCUGGUAUCAAUGCCUUCGCUGGCCCGGUUCAAUAUUUCGGAAAAAUCACCGAAGACCUAUUGAAAGAAAGAGAACAAGCCAAGGAGGGACACUUCAAUGAUUUUUUACAGCUCAUGUCAAAUGCUCACAACAUGGCCACUUCAGAGCUGGCAGAAGAUGAAAAAGAAGUUGGAAAAUGGAAGAAGAAGGCAUUGACGACAGACGAAAUUGCAGGCAACGGUAUGCUGUUUUUCUCAGCGGGUUUUAGCACUACUAACGAUACCUUGGGGUUUAUUACGUAUCUCCUGGCGACCCACCCAGAGGUGCAACAACGGCUCGUUCAGGAGAUUGACGAUGUUCUUCAAGGUGCCGAACCGACCUACGACAACGUGUCCAAGCUUACGUAUCUGGAGCAGGUCAUAAACGAGUCGAUGCGACUGUAUCCCGUUGGCAUUCGUGUGGAUCGAGUGGCCAACCAAGACACCACUGUGAAUGGCCUUUUCAUACCCAAAGGGACGGCCGUGGUAAUUCCGAUCUAUCCUAUCCACUUGGAUCCUGAAAAUUAUCCAGAACCUGAGAAGUUCGACCCAGAACGAUUCACCCCAGAAGCAAAAGCAAAGAGGAACCCGUACACCUACAUGCCUUUUGGUAUGGGGCCCCGCAACUGUAUCGGUAUGAGGCUGGCCCUGCUUGAGAUGAAGAUCGUCUUGGUAAAAGUUCUGCAACGUGUCACAUUCAAGCCUUGCUCUGAGACGCAAAUCCCACUGGUGAUGUCAAAGACGAAGCCUAUGAAACCCGAAAAGGGAAUCUGGUUGAAAGUAGAAGAGAGAUCAGUUUAGAGAAGAUAAACAUUAACUUUUUAUACCCUUUCUAAGAAGAUUGAUGCAUGCUUUGCUUCUUUCGUGUCACUGACUGUGAAUUCAUGCGAUGUACGAGGUCGUAUCAUAUUAUUCUGAACUCUUCUUAUUUUUAACAUGAUGAUGUUAAAUGUUCCAUGAUUACAUAUCACAAAACAGAACAUGAUACCGCAGAACAAUUCAGUGUUUGGCUGAAAAAUGAACUGUUUCGAGGACAUAUAAAGACACGGGCCACGAAUUCUAACCGUAUUUGGCCAAAUAUAGCCUAGCUACCCUCGCAACAGAAAAUUUAAAAAAAUUAUUUCAUAGAGAACAAAGUGCUUGUAGGAAGCAUCACUUACAAAGUAGAUGAAAUAAGGAGCUUUGUCAUUUAAACAUUUUUAUAUUCAAUUUUGUCACGAUGUUGAAAAUAUUUAUAUAUUGCAAAAUGUUAGUGAGCAAAUUUCUUAACCCAGAAAAAUGACAAGUAUUUAUACGGUCAAAUGCACUGUUUAGGCACCAUGAAACGAACUUUAAAAAUAAAUCUGAUGUAACCUCCAUAGCUAACAUCGACGCUUUUUCUAACCAUGUAUGUCUCUUGAGGAUCGGGAGAGGCCGCUGAGGUCAUAUCUUGAAAAAUAUUACCGCAGCUGACUUCAUCGUUAACCUUGGCAGACUAUCUUUGUACUAUGUACAUCACUCAUGUAUGAGAUCAGCAUUCAAGUGCGCGCGUACGGGUCGCAAUGACCUAGAGACGGCCUCCAGUGCCUCUUUAUUUCUCAAUAAGUGCGAUUCUGUACGCCCAUAACCUGCCUGAGAGAGUCGUUGAUUCUUCUUGGGUAAAGAACGUAAAUAUGGUCUAAUAAAUUACCAAACCGGUGAAAAUGAAAAAGACAGGUCCAAAUAUGAAAUAUCUCCAUAUGAAACUCAUAAUAUAAGUGGUUGGUCAUUUGUCUCCGCUAAACUUCAUAAAAAAAUUAUGCUUGUAGGACAGAUGCAUUGAAAAUAUUGAAACGACGAUGUCGUUCUGGAUUCCUCACUUUUCAUGCAAUUUUAGAGUAACUUUCCAUUCUCAUGUUGACUUAACCAUAGAACCCUUAUUAGGCAAUGUCUGAGAACCUUGUUUUCAACUAGAAUUAACAAUAAUACUAUUUGAAUUACUCAUACCUGAAUCAUAUCCAAAACUCAGUUAUCAUAUGAUAAACAGUUGAUGAAAAUUAAAAUCCAUUAUGAAAUUAACCAAUCACGUAAACUGUUACUGACUGUGCGUUUUCCAUCUUUUUCUGAC